UAGGAGAUGUGUGAAGUCGGGUGUAAGUGCUGCCACAGGCAGAUACACAGAGAAGGCUAAUAGCUAGCUUUGAAUCUCAGCGACCACAAGGAAAAUAAAAUAAAAUCCACUGCUAACUAACUACUGAUAAAGGGGAAAAUGACAGAGCCCAGCAGUAGGAAAGAGGGAUUUAAAAAAUGCCGGAGUGCCACUUUCAGCAUUGAUGGUUUUAGCUUUACAAUAGUUGCAAAUGAAGCUGGCGACAAAAAUGCACGGCCCCUGGCAAGAUUUGCAAGGUCUAAGUCUCAGAACAGUCUCUGGAAUACAAUCAUCAGUGGACUAAAUCUUAAAGAAAAACAGAAGCCAGCAAUUGCCACUGAUCCUCGGAGUCCAGAAGAGAUUUUAGCAGAUGAGUUGCCACAGAUUGACAGUCCAGAUGCCAUUCCGAAAACAUCUAUCAGGUUACGAUGUCUGGUGAAACAGCUGGAAAGAGGAGAAGCUUCAGUAGUGGACCUGAAAAAGAACCUGGAAUAUGCAGCCACUGUGCUUGAGUCAGUUUAUAUUGAUGAGACAAGACGUUUACUGGACACCGAGGAUGAACUUAGUGACAUCCAGUCAGAUUCGGUUCCUUCAGAAGUUCGAGACUGGCUGGCCUCCACCUUUACCCGACAAAUGGGGAUGAUGUUAAGAAGAACAGAAGAGAAGCCAAGAUUUAGAAGCAUUGUACAUGCAGUCCAGGCUGGGAUAUUUGUGGAAAGAAUGUACAGAAGGACAUCAAAUAUGGUUGGACUCAGCUAUCCACCUGCUGUUAUUGCUGUUUUAAAGAAUGUUGACAAGUGGACCUUUGAUGUAUUUGCACUAAAUGAUGCUAGUGGCGAUCAUGCACUUAAAUUCAUCUUUUAUGAAUUACUUACACGUUACGAUUUGAUCAACCGCUUCAAGAUACCUAUCUCUGCACUCGUAUCAUUUGUGGAGGCGCUGGAAGUUGGCUACACCAAACAUAAAAAUCCAUAUCACAAUUUGAUUCAUGCAGCAGAUGUUACACAAACUGUUCAUUACUUUCUCUUUAAGUCAGGUUUAGCGCACUGGCUAACAGAACUGGAAAUUUUUGCUAUGAUUUUCGCUGCUGCGGUUCACGAUUAUGAACACACGGGCACAACAAACAACUUUCACAUCCAAACAAGAUCAGAUUCUGCCAUUUUAUAUAAUGAUCGAUCUGUACUUGAAAAUCAUCAUGUAAGUGCAGCAUAUCGCUUACUGCAGGAUGACGAAGAAAUGAAUAUUCUCUAUAACCUGUCCAAGGAUGACUGGAGGGAAUUCCGGGCUUUGGUGAUUGAGAUGGUGUUGGCUACAGAUAUGUCCUGUCAUUUCCAACAAAUCAAAGCGAUGAAGAAUGCUUUGCCGCAACCAGAAGGGAUUGAUAAGCCGAAAGCCUUAUCAUUGUUGUUGCAUACAGCAGAUAUUAGCCAUCCAGCCAAAAAUUGGGACCUCCAUCACAGGUGGACUAUGUCCUUGUUAGAGGAAUUCUUUAGACAGGGUGAUAAAGAAGCAGAACUUGGCCUUCCAUUUUCUCCACUGUGUGAUCGCAAUUCAACAAUGGUUGCCCAAUCCCAAAUAGGAUUUAUAGACUUCAUCGUGGAGCCAACAUUUACUGUGUUGACAGACAUGACAGAGAAGAUUGUAGUUCCGCUCAUUGAUGAAGCCUCGCGGGCUGGGCUCACAGGAUUUAGGCGAUCUAGUUUAAACAGCAUAACUCCCUCAGACGUUAAACGAUCGAGUGUGAAAAGCACUGGAUCGGAAGGAAGUGCCUCUAUGAAUUGUUCAAUCCUCACUGUGGACUUCAAAAGUUUUAAAAAUACGUGGUAUGACGUUGUACUACAGAACAGAGAAAAGUGGAAGACGCAAGCAGCCAAAGAUGCAGAGGAAAGAGCGAAGAAAGAAGCAGAAGAAACGACUUUGAGAGACAAAGAUGACAAAAGAGACGAUGACAAAGAAGAUAGAAAUGACAAUGAAAAAUCUUUACCGCCCAAACCAGAGACAAACAAAGAAACAAAUUCAAGUGAUGGCAAAGUCACGGAAUCUAGUCAGGGAAAUAUUAAUGGGACUCGUUUACCAAAUGUAAACAGACGAGAUGAUUCCUCAGGACAAAGUCAAAGCAAGCAAGAGAAAAGUGGGGACAGUGAAGGCAAACAGCAAGUGCAAAACGAAAGCAGAUUGGUGACAACAGGGUUGCACAGCUCCCCAUGCCCUUCAUCAUCAAUAGCAAUUGGCCACCAUAAAAAAGAUAAAGAAGAGUAAAAGAGCCAAUAAAUGUCAUCAUUUUAGCUGCGCUUCUUCAUUCUGUUCCUACUUUCUACAAAGACAAGUCUCUUGGGAACAAAAGGCAUUAGCUUUAUAAGCAAAGGCAUCCACUGAUUACUUUACAGAGAAAGACUAGUUUUUUUUUUGUUUUGUUUUUUUCCCCCUUCUUUGUGGAAUAAAAUGACUUGGCUUUUUACACUGCAGGCAAAAUAUUUGAAGAACUUUAAGUAAUUGCUAAGUACAAUAUUAGUUCUGGGAUUAGAAAACCUUCAUUCAGUGAACAAAAUGAUUACACACAAGGAAUUUAUUUUGAAACCUACACUACAGAAAUUAUUUUGGAAAGUUAAUUUUAGGUGUCCCAGAAGCUAAAACAUAUGCUUUUGCAUGAGGUUGUUGAAGCCAAACCAGAGGAUUUUCAUCCUGCACUUAAACAGAAAUGCACAGUUUCAAGUUCUCCACUAUGGCUUGGCACACUGCACAGGGUUAAAACACUGUCUGUUCUAGUGUUUUGUUAUGUUCUACAAAUAUGUUAGCGUUCAUUUUAUUGCCGAAGGCUUAUAUUUUAUUUUUUCAUGAUACACCUUUAGUAAAAAAAAAAAAAGAAGAAAAAAAAAAUCACGUAAUGUCUAAUUUAAUGUAGAAAAUUGUUCUAGGCUCAUUUACUGGUUAUCAUUUCAAGGUCUUCCAUAAAUAUUGGUUUCUAAUGGCACAGCAUGCUGGAAAAAAUCUUUCCUGCAUAUCACCUUUAUACUUCUGCCAAUGCACUGUAGUGAAUGAAGACAAAGAUGAUAGUUUCAGGUUCUGUUAGUUUUAUAUAUUUUUUUUCUUUUUAAAUGUUUAUCAAAAUUGCUGUAUUUUUUUUUUUAUAUAUAUAAAAAGGGAAUUUAAGUUCUACUGAAUCUUUAAUUUAAAAUAUGACUGCCCAAAGUAAACAAAAACAAUGAAGCCAUGCUGCAUGUGCUUUGGGAGAGCUUUUGCUUGAGGACAACUCAUGGCAUUGCUACAUGUAGUACAGCUUCUGGUGUUCUCUGACAUUCAGCGAGGCCUGUCAUCAAAUGUUUUAGAAGAAAAUUCCAUUUCAAGGCAGACUAAGUUGACCUUAAAUACUGUAUUUGUGCAGGUAAAAAAAAGUGCAUUUAUUUUUUGUUUCUGCAGCUUGCAGAGCAUUGAUCACCAGAUUGGGGGUGCAAUUCCAGGAUCCUGCAAAAUCUCAGUAUAGCUGUCUGUCCCUAUCAAUGAACUAAGGGAGCGCUAGCUCCCUUGAGGCUCAUUGAGAACUACAAUGCCCUCUGCCACAAUAGAAGACGGUAGUUGUAGUUUGUUCAUUCACAGAUCACUUUAAAGUCACAUGACUGUAUGGGCGGAACCCCACAAGGCCAUGCUCUGUUAAAAUUAUGACAUUGGGUGCAGGGAGAAAAUCCCCCAUCCGCUGUCACAGGGGUGCAGAAUGGUGUAACAUGUAAACAUCUUAUUAACCCCCCUGGCGGUAUUCCCGAGACUGA